AGAAUGGAAGAAGUAAAUAAUACAGCUGUGGCUGAAUUCAUCCUUUCUGGGUUAACAGAGAACCCAAAGCUCCAGUUGCCUCUAUUCCUCAUCUUCCUAGGAGUCUAUUUGGUUACAGUUGUGGGAAACAUGGGCAUGAUCAUCUUGAUUUUGUUCAGUUCUCAACUGCACACACCCAUGUAUUAUUUACUCAGCAGUCUGUCCUUUAUUGACUGCUGUCAGUCCACUGUCAUUACUCCCAAAAUGCUGAUGAACUUUGUGACAGAAAAGAAUGUCAUCCCAUACCCAGAAUGCAUAGCUCAAUUUUACUUUUUCUGUGUUUUUGCUGUUGCAGAAUGUCACAUGUUGGCUGUAAUGGCAUAUGACCGCUAUGUGGCUAUCGCUAAUCCUUUGCUUUACAAUGUAACCAUGUCCUAUCAAGUCUGUUUGUGGAUGGUCGUCUGGGUAUAUGGUAUGGGCUUACUAAGUGCCACAGCUCACACUGUCUUUCUUCUAAGAGUGCUUUUCUGUAAGACUGUUAUAAUAAAACAUUACUUCUGUGAUAUUUUCCCAUUACUAGAGCUUUCUUGCUCUAGUACUUUUAUCAAUGAAGUAGUAGCACUGUCCUUCAGUGCAUUUAAUAUUAUAGCACCAGCUGUGAUCAUCCUUAGCUCUUAUGUUUUCAUCAUUGUCAGCAUUCUCCACGUUCAAUCCACUGGGGGAAGACGUAAGGCCUUUAGCACCUGCAGCUCCCACAUCUUGGCUGUUGCUCUCUUCUAUGGUUCCACAGCUUUCAUGUAUCUUCAGCCAUCAUCAGUAAGCUCUGGGGAACAAGGUAAAUUGUCAUCUGUGUUUUAUACCAUUGUUGUUCCUAUGUUGAAUCCCAUGAUCUACAGCCUGAGAAAUAAAGAUGUCAAAGUUUCCUUUAAAAAGUUACUAAAAAAGAUGUUUCCUCUAAACAAAGACUAA